CCUGCAGACAAGCCUGAUGACUACGAGUACUACGAUGAGUACACGCAACCGGAGCAGGACUCCUUCCCCCAGCAGCAGCCCUCUGAGGACCCUGACUGGUUUGAGGCAUUUUUUGGCUACAGCGAUACCAGAAAAGCAGACCCAUGCUCCUCCAACCCCUGCAAGAACAAUGGUAGGUGUGAAAACAGAGGAAGCAGCUUCAGCUGCCUCUGCCCUGAGCCGUAUGCUGGGACUACGUGCGAGAAAGUGAAGGACAUCUGUUUGGAGAAGAGGUGCCAUGGGGGAGACUGCCUGAUUACAUUAACCCCACCUUAUUUUCAGUGCAGCUGCAAUCACCCCUACAAGACACCCGACUGCCAACAAGCAUCUUCACCGUGCAGACCAAACCCGUGCAAAAAUGGAGGUACCUGCGUACGGCACAGAAUCAGAUCGAAAUUCACCUGCAAGUGCCCCGAACUUUUCAGAGGGAGAUUCUGUGAGAUCGGACUGGAUGACUGUUAUGAAGAGGCCUCCCCUAAGUACAGAGGAAGAGUGAACCAAGCAGUGAAUGGCAAGACCUGCCUGCACUGGAAUUCCCAUGUUCUCUUGGACUACCCUAUUAAUGCCUUUAUGGAGGACGCUGACUCUUAUGGCAUCGGUGAACAUAACUUCUGCAGGAACCCCGAUGAGGAUGAAAAACCCUGGUGCUACGUCAAAAAAAAUCACAAAGUGGAAUGGGACUUCUGUGAUAUUUCACCCUGCUCAGGAACAGCUGAAGAGAGCCCACAGCCAACAGACAGCCCAAUAGACCCACCUGGAUCAAAUGAAAUAUUCAAAACAUGUGGACAACCAGAAAUUCAAAGCACACUCAAGAGGAUCUAUGGUGGAGCUAAGACUACAGCUGGCAAACAUCCCUGGAUGGCAUCUCUGCAGAUAAAGACUUCAAAAAGGAGCAGACAUUUCUGUGGUGGAGUGCUAAUCAAAGCAUGCUGGGUUCUUACUGCUGGGCACUGCAUUGAACAACCAACAGAAAAUCUCCAAGUAGCCCUUGGAAAGCAAGACCUCAAGAAGAGAGAGCAUCAAGAGCAAAUAUUUGAUGUGGAGAAGAUCAUCGUGCAUUACAAAUACAGAGAGAAGGACGGCGUCCCACACAAUGAUAUUGCACUACUUAAAUUGAAGCCAGUUGAUGGUCACUGUGCAGUGGAAACAAAGUAUGUGAAAACAGCAUGUCUGCCUAACUUCUCCUUUCCUGUUGGGACUGACUGCUUCAUUUCUGGAUGGGGCGUGACAGAGACAGAUGAAGUACCCCGUCAGCUGUUAGAUGCCAAUGUCAAGCUGAUUUCUCAGAGGAAAUGCAAUGCACCCAGAGCAUAUGAUCACGUACUGGAUGAAAGCAUGUUUUGUGCAGGAAAUCUUCAGAGACCCAGAGCUGAUUCUUGUCAGGGAGACUCCGGAGGCCCGCUAACUUGUGUAGAAAAUGGCUCCUACUAUGUAUACGGCCUUGUGAGCUGGGGUGAUAAGUGUGGGUUAAAAAACAAGCCAGGAAUUUAUACCCAGGUGACAACAUUUCUCAGUUGGAUCAAGUCCAAAAUUCGGUCUGAGUCAAGGUCACUUCAUUAG